AUGUCCUCCAACGAACCCCAUCUCUGCUUCCGCUCCUUCGUCGAAGCCCUCAAGGCAGACAACGACCUCGUCGGGAUAAACGACCCCAUUGACCCAAAUCUUGAAGCUGCCGCCAUCACGCGUCUGGUCUGUGAGAACGACGAGAAAGCACCGCUGUUCAACAACCUCAUCGGCGCCAAGGACGGCUUCUUUCGCAUCCUCGGUGCACCGGCCUCACAAAGAAAGUCUCAGUCAGAACGAUAUGGUCGUCUGGCGCGUCAUCUGGCUCUUCCUCCAACGGCUAGUAUGAGGGAGAUUCUAGACAAGAUGCUCGAGGCCGAUAAGUUGCCGCCGAUCCCGCCCAGGGUUGUCCCGACGGGGCCGUGCAAGGAGAAUGUCCUUGAAGGCGACCAGAUCGACCUCACGAAGCUUCCGGUACCCAUGGUCCACAAGUCUGAUGGCGGGGCUUACAUCCAGACGUUUGCAUAUCUGGCAGAUCCACCAGAUGUGGAAGAAGGAAAACCGCGAUGUCCCCUGGGUUCUAGCGUUCGGCGUCCCCCAGCGGCUAUCAUGGCGUCCAGCAUGCCGAUUCUAGACGGGGUCACGGAGGCCGAGUAUGUAGGCGCCAUGGUCGGCCAGCCGAUUGAGCUGACGAAGUGCGAUACGAAUGAUAUUUACGUUCCUGCGAACUCGGAGAUCGUGCUCGAGGGGACUCUCUCCACCACGGACACCGGACCGGAGGGACCGUUUGGGGAGAUGCACGGGUACAUCUUCCCUGAAGACAUGCACAUCUGUCCCAAGUACAAAGUCAACAAAAUCACCUACCGCAAUAACGCCAUCCUCCCCAUGAGCUCGUGCGGCAAACUUACCGAUGAAACGCAUACAAUGAUCGGCUCCCUUGCCGCUGCUGAGAUCCGCAAAAUCUGUCAGAAAGCAAACCUGCCCGUCCUGGAUGCGUUCGCCCCCUUCAUCUCCCAGGUGACCUGGGUGGCGCUGCGAAUCGACACCUCGAAACUCCCCACGAGGUGCAAGCCUGGUGUGGACGAAGUGUUCUAUGACGACGUGCGUGCGUUCCCGCUUAUCCUUUACAAUGGACACGGGGGGAAGAAAAGCGAAGGGAGGUCGGCUGUUCGCGGAGGCAAGGUUGUGUCGAAUGCGCUGAUGGACAUCGAGUACACUCAGGGACGGAGAAAUUGGGAGGCUGCAGAUUUCAACGGAUCGUAUCCGGAGGACGUGAAGUCGAAUGUGCUGGGGAAAUGGGAGAAACUAGGGUUUGGGAGGUUGGAGAAAGUAACGAAUGAAGAUAGGCGGAAUAUAGUACAGUCGCUCGACGCCCACGUCGAUAGAUCAAAAUCAAGGCAACAUCGUAACCGUCAUGCUUUUACGUCCUCGUUUCGACGCUCAGGGUCUACAAGAUUGUGGAUAGUAGAAGAGGAAGAACACGACGACAGCAAGGAGGACAACCAGCGUCGGAAUGAACAUGAAUGUGAACAGGAACAGACUCAGCCCAAAGGCGAGGCUCUGGCCGGGGAAAAGCCGGCGGGCCAUAUGUUCGGCGAGAGUGGCUUUGAAUUUGGGCCAAUUGAGGGUAUCAAAAUGGAUGCCUGUGAGGAUCCCCAUUCUUGA